AUGGCUCAUCAAAUUAACGGUGGGAUCGUCUCGAAGCCUACACCCAGGGUUGUCGACUUUACUAGCUCGACUGCUUCUAUUGGCGUAGAACUUGAAAUGAUAAUUACGAACCUACCAGACUGCAAAGACCACUUUAAGCUCUUCGAGGAAGCCUUUAUACCCUUGACUUCUGAACUCUUCCCUAACAAAUCAUUCCCCCGCAGCGAAGAGCCCUUCCAGAUCAAAGAUGACUUCUCUAUCAUUCCUGGGCCGAGGUUUCCUAGAGCUAGAAGGGUUGAAGUUGCAACCCCCGUCAUGACAGGUGAUGGGUCCCAAUUCUCAUACCAUAGUAUCAUCCCAAAAAUGUGCACCACAAUCACUUCCACCCUUCCAAUGGACGCCUCAAUCGAAUUCAAUCACACUACUGCACUUCAGGUCCACAUUGGUGUCGGAGACGGAAACACAUACUGCCUUCGAGACCUCAAACGUAUCUGCAAAGCGAUCAUAAUCUUCGAGGACCACAUGGACACUCUACACCCCAACUGCCGCAAUCCUCCUGAUAACGCUAACCCAAAUCUUCUUCGUCGAUGCUGCGCAAGCUUCAGGCUAAAGCUUCUCUCAGACACCAAGAGACUCGACGCUAUUGAUAAGCAGCAGAAUGCGGCGGGACUUGUCAUGUUGAUGAAUAGCUGUGUUGGAAUGAGGGAUUUGCCAAAGUAUUACAAGUAUAACUUGCGUUCUCUUGAGAAGUUUGGCACUGUGGAGUUUCGGCAGGCAGUCGGGACAGUGAGAAGUGAGGUGAUCGUGGGAUGGAUCGAGACGGUGAUCCGUUUCGUUUCUGCGGCAGUAGGAACGGAGGAUGAGGUUUAUAAGAGGUGGGCGGAGGGGGGUGCUAUCGGGGAUGAGGAUUAUGAGAGGUUUGGGGCGCCAUUGAUUAGUGUUGACCGGGAUAUCGAUUCUUGGUGGGGUGUUAGGAAUUUUGGCGACGCUUGA